AUGGACGAACCUGAUCCAGCUGUCAAAGAAACUCUGAAAAACUUCUCGGCUCGGGAUGGGUAUGAGCUGUCUCUUCGAAUUUUCACUUCAGCCAACUCUCCCCGUGGUGGGCCUCUAAUAGUUCUCUAUCAUGGUGGAGGCUGGUGUAUGGGCUCAACAACAAUGGUCGCAGACAUUGCACGAAAUCUCGUCAAGAAAUUGAAAGCGGUAGUCAUCGCACCAAAGUACCGUUUGGCGCCUGAAUAUCCUUGGCCGAAGAGUUUGGAGGAUGGAUGGGAUGCUUUUCAAUUUGUGAGGGAGAAUCAUGCUGAGUUUAUGGGAGGAGCUGGAAAGCCGUUUUUGAUUGGAGGGAUUUCGGCUGGUGCAAGUAUGAGUCUGGUUUAUGCUCACUUGGCGAGAGAUCAAGGCUUGGAGCCCAAGAUUACUGGCAUUUGGAGUGCGUGUGGGUCGGUGAGGGCGAAGGAUUUAGGGGAUCUGGAAGAUAGAUAUAGAGAGAGGUUGCUGAGUCGGAGUCAGGAGGAUUGUGUAAAGAAUCCGGUGUUGAGUCCGGAGAUGCAGAAAUUGUUGCGGGAGUGCGUCAAGGCGGACGAGAAUAGUCAGUGGUACAAUUGUUUGGUGUGGAGAGAUGGUUCUGAUGGGAGAAGUGGGUACGGUCAUCACGGCCUUCCAAGGAUGUAUCAACAGCUCUGUGGAAGGGAUGUCAGUCGAGAUGAAGGCCUGAUCCUGGAUGAUAUGCUCAAGAAGGAAGGAACGGAGACAAGGCUCGAUCUGUACAAAGGUCUGCCCCAUUGCUUUUGGAUCGCGUUACCGCAUGUCCCUGAGUUCAAGAAGUGGGAGAAGAACACCAUUGAUGGGUUUGGUUGGCUUUUGGAAGCUUCUUGA